AUGAAUAUGGCCCGUUGCAUGAUAUUUGCGUCAGGAUUGCCACUCAAUUUCUGGGGUGACGCGGUUGAAUAUGCUGCUUAUAUUUUGAACCGGGCCCCUACAAAUUCGAAUGCUGAGCGAAUGUCACCGAUGAAGGUGCUGACGGACCAGACCCCGUCGCUAGGUGAAAUUGUCGUUUUUGGAUCACCAUGUACAGUGUACAGAGAUCCUAAGAAGAAGAAUUUUGCUCCUAGAGGACAAAAAGGGAUUAUCAUUGGCAUUGGUGAAGAAACCAAAAGGUAUCGUGUAUACCUGCCGAAGGAUAAAGUGGUUGUUGUCUCGCAGCAUGUUCAAAAUAUUGAGACACUGAACAAGACCCAGAACAAGCAAGUUCAAGAAUUGUAUCUGCAGAAUCCUACUAGUCUGGAAGAUAAUGACUCCGCGCGAGAUCAAGUUCAGGAGGGAGGUAAUACCAGAUAUCAAGAUCUGGAGGAGGCGACGAGUCGUAAGGACCAGACACAGAAUAUGAAGAAAAGGACUCCGUGGACAAGAAAGAAGAAGGUUGUGACAAGAUCGGCGAGCAAGAAUAAACACUCAAGCCAGGGACAAAGAACUGAGAGUUCAGCGAUGGAUACUGACGUUGUCAAUGUUGUCACAACAUCUGACCCGAGAAACUUUGGUGAAGCUAUGCGUAGCAGUCACAAGGAAGGAUGGAUGAAGGCAAUUUCUGAAGAAUUGCAAGCCUUGGAGAACAAUGGAGUUUGGAGUAUUGUGAAGGCUCCAAAAGAUAUUCGAGCACUUCACUCGAAGUGGGUUUUUAAGACGAAGCGUGACGCAGAAGGUGGCAUCGAGAGAUUGAAGGCGAGAUUGGUCGCGUGUGGAAAUGAACAAGUCUUUGGAGUGAACUAUGGAGUUACGUUUGCUGCUGUGAUUGAUAUGUCCAGCGUGAAGAUGAUUUUCGCACUGGCAAGAAAGUGGAAGGUGCCUGCGAAGCAUGGAGAUGUUCCAAAUGCUUACGUUAAAGCAGACAAGGAAGAUAAUCUCGAUAUCUACAUCCACGUACCACAGGGCAUGCAGAUUGCAGAGGACUUAAAGAAGAAGAUCGGUGUUUCACAGAACUACGAGAUUGUUUUGGAGCUGAAGAAGGCACUAUAUGGAUUAAAACAAGCAGGAAGACUAUGGAGUAAAUUGCUACACCAGAAAUUGGUUGAUAUUGGUUUUAAACAAAGUCUCACGGACAUGUGUGUCUACUUUAGAUGGACACGUGGUCAUCUAUUGAUUGUUGGAGUUUACGUGGAUGACCUUCUGGUAACAGGAAGUGAUCAGGGUUCUGUGAAUUCUUUUUUUGAUGAGCUCAAUUCACUAUCGGUCAAGGAUCUUGGAUGUGCUCGCAAGUUUUUGGGUAUGCGUAUUCAAUACAAUGACGAAAAUGGGUACACUUUUGAUCAAGAAGUUGGAAUUAUGGACAUGCUGAAGGAGCAUGGUCUCGAAAUGGGACAUAGCGUGCGUGUUCCAAUUACUCAAGACUGGAACGAUAAUGAAGAAUCGGUAGCUGUGCCGUUACCGGUAUUUGGAGGAGAUGGUGUGGUUACGGUGAAAGUUUUCCAGUCACUUGUGGGAAGUUUACUAUGGAUUUCGCGUUACACCAGACCAGAUAUCGCUUUCGCGGUGCAUAAAGCGUCAAGAAGGACUCAUAAGCCCACGAUGGGAGAUUAUAAGUUGGCCAAGAAAAUUGCAAGGUAUCUAUCUGGCACGAAGACAUUGCGACUUUCUAUGAUUGGAAGAGAAGAUGAACCAGAGCUGUUACAAGUGGUUGGGUACAGUGAUGCGGAUUUCGCUGCCGACAAAGGUGACAGAAAAUCUGUCACGGGUGGUUUAAUUACGAUUGAUGGCAUGCCAGUGAGCUGGAUGUGCAAGAAGCAAGGCGGUGUAUCACUUUCGACCAUGGAGGCUGAGUUUACAGCUGCAUCCAUUAUGGCUCGAGAACUUUUGGGCAUUCGCGAACUGUUGCAAGAGUUAGAUUUGAGAUUUGAAGAGCCUAUACCACUGCGAGUGGAUAACCAAGCGGCUUUGAAACAACUUGACGGUGAGAGAGCUUCGGCUAAGGCCAAACACAUUGAUGUGCGCAUCAAGUUUGUCGGUGAUUUCGCGAAGCGAGGAAUCAUAAAGCCUGAAUAUCGAGAAACUUCGAGUAUGCCUGCGGACAUACUAACAAAGGCAUUGACUGCACCGAGAUUGGUCGAGAUGCGUCAAGUGAUCGGUUUAAAAUAA